GUCAAUUGUGAGAGGCGCAAACGGGUCGCAGUCGCAUUCGGCACCUCCAGGCGAGCGUUGAACACUGGAGGGGCAAUUCUCUUCUCAACGCCGCGCCUUUUGAUUUUGGCCAAUCAAGAUGUCUGCCUUGGAAAAGUUGCACGAGGUCAUGUCCGCAAGAUAUGACCUCGUUGAAGACUACGACACCGAUGAAGUAUCCGUCACUUCUACUGAUGCUGGCGACGAAAUCUUCUACAAUACAGAUUGUAUCAUAGCGGAAAAUCCAGAAGAGGACGCUUGCUACCUCGUCAAAUGGGAAGACUACCCACUGCAUGAGUGUACUUGGGAGCCUCCUAUGAAUUUGGACGGCACUGAUCUCAUCUCGAGUUGGAAGCAGAUCAGACAAGAGCUAGGUGAAGCUGCCUUUCAACGCGAGAACGAGAAGAACAUAGCGGCUUUUGAGGCAGCACAGGAGAGGGCUGAGGCUGCCAAAGAACGCAAGUAUGCAAAGCGCGAGAAGAAACGCCGUAGACUGCAACGGAGGGACCGUACAGUGGUUCCCGACGACGACAGUAGCGAUGAAGAACCCUUGGCUUCAGUACGAACGAGGACUGCUGCAGGGGACAGUCUCUUUGUGGAGAAUCAGGGGCCGUCAGUUCCAGCCACAUUGGUUGCUACAAGGCAGCCUCCUGUUGCUCGCAAGGCGCCGUUGCAGCAAUCAUCUUCCGAAGAUGAGUCAAAUUCAGAUGUCCAGACUUCCGACGACUCGUUAAUGGGCGAGCUGCGGAGAAACAAGAGAGCCCAACGCAAAGCAGAACGAAGCGCGGCAAGAAGCUCAACUGGCAAUUCUCUACUCCAGCCAAAGCGUCCGAAUACCACCACGGCUCCUUUGGAGGCAACAUCGAAGACCUCCACGGUUCGCGAGAAGUCAAAGCAGCGAUCAACGGUGUCUGCAGUCUCUACAAAACCCACAGCAGAGAGGGCUCACAGCACUGUAGUGACUACGACUAGUGCCAUGCGCGCCAUCAGGACUGUACCACAAAAGCAAACGAGCCGCGCGAUUAACAUCAUCGACCAACCCAGGGAGCAGCAGAGGAAAGCUUGGUCAACCGACAAUCACUACAACAAACUCAAAUAUCGAAGCCUUGCCGAGAAACGAUCUCGCACUGAAGGAACUCCGGACUUCAGCGCGCUUGAUUUUGUGAAUGGCCCGCCACCUACAUUACCCAAAGCGGCAGCAUCAAGAUCGUCUGGUGAUCUUUACGGGCGUCGUGAGAUCACAAAUCGUCGCGUCCGGGAAGAGGACCCAGAUGAUCUACCACGACAAGGCCUCGGAGAGGGCUCAGCACCUCUCGCAGACUGGGAGGUGGACAAGGUGCCGUUGAUGUGUAACGCCUGGAAGCUCAGUUCAAAUUGCCCUUACGGUGCGCGAAAGUGUCGUUUCAUGCAUCGAGCAUUUGAUCCAAAGGGCCGACCAUACCAACUAGGCGAUUAUGAUGGACGGAUACCUCAUAAGUACCGCAAGCCACCAAUUACAUGUCCCUUCUGGUACAAAGGAGACCAGUGCAAGAGAACCGCAGAAGAGUGCUUGUAUGCACACGUAGAUACAGGAUGGGCUGAGUACAACGGGCAGCCGAUCCGUAUUGAGCAUCUUCCAGAGGCCUCUGCCACCUCUGCCGCCCGAGAUGUACCACCGCACCUAGUUCCGUUCAAGUUUCAGGAUCCCCCAAUAACGUGUUCCUUCUGGCUGAGAGACCCCCACGGAUGCGUCAGAUCGGAAGAAGUGUGCAAAUAUGCUCAUUGGAACACAGGCUGGACGCAUGAAGCUGAUAUCAAGGGUCAACCAGUACGGAUAGACCCAACCCUGAAGCCUCGUGGUGGACCACCCAAAUAUGCCAAUCCCCCCGUGACAUGCCCUUUCUGGUUGAGAUCGGAGAAGGGUUGUACCAGGACAGCCGUUGAAUGUAAGUACGCUCAUCGAAACACUGGGUGGGCUCCUCCUGGAAUGAGCAGCGACCAAGCCCUCCCUAUCAACCCUCAUGAACUUCCACGCAGCCAGUCUUUCAGAAAUGAGCCAGAUGUUUCGAAUCUUACUCCACUCCGAACGAACAGCAAUGAUCAAGGCCUGAUCGUGGCGGGCCAGACAGUGUCUUCUGGCCCACCAAGUCAAGCCAACAAGGGCAUCACUUGUUCCUCUUGGUUGAGAGAUCCGCUUGGUUGUUUAAAGUCAGAAGAAGCAUGCGACUAUGCUCAUAGGAACACUGGAUGGGCGACACCCAAGGACAGGCCGUUCGACAGCCCUGUAGCAUUGGAUCCAAACCAGAUACCUCGAUUUCAUCGCGAACAGAUGGGAGACAGACUUGAGCCGAAGUACGGUAAUCCACCGGUCACAUGCCCGUCUUGGCUGAGAAACGAAGAUGGAUGUCGCAAAACCGAACAAGAAUGCCAAUUCGCCCACAAGAAUACCGGUUGGGCCCCACAAUAUGGGGAAGGGGGCGGUCCAGCUGUGGAAAUCGAUCGAAAAGGAAAGCUCCGUGGUAAUGAACCAGUCCGCAGCUUCGCAACAGAUCACUCGGCACCAAAGAAUGGCACCCCUCCAAUAACAUGCUAUUUCUGGUUGGAAGGAGCGGGAGGCUGCGCCAGAACAGCUGAGACCUGCAGGUUUGCGCACAGAAAUACUGGGUGGAUCACAUAUCUUGGAGCAGUGAAGAACUCCCAUCCUGAGCAGAUCAAUCCUAAGAGGUUACCCCGGUUCCGAAAAUACGACCCGACGGAGAACUCUAGCAUGCCAAACGGUCAAAGCAUAUUACCUGCACCAACGGCACCAUCUCAUUCCGCAGACGAGCCCGGUAUCGACAUUUCUGGUCAUACUCCUGCAGAUAUCGUGAGCAAUACAGCACAGGCUUCUGAGCAACAGCUUGUUCAGAGUCCGCUCGCGAUUGAGGAUGUUUUGCCGAAGCAGUCACUAGCUGCUGCAUCAGCCUUGCAGCUAAAUGCGAAGAUUAAGCAGUUCUACAAUCUAGACAUCACCGAGAUGUUCCACUCAGGCACACCGGGUGAUGACGAAAUGCUUGAGAAGAGAGCGAUGCUACUGUACCAUCCCGAAGAACAUCCAGAAGACAUUGAACUGAUCACACGUUGGCUUUUGAUGCACGAAGUCAAAGUUGGAAAUCUUUGGUAUGAUGGUGCCUGGGGUCAGUUCCAGCAAGAAACAUCCAAAGGAAAGUCAGGUAUCAUCAUCGUGCAUCCGGAUUUUGAGCAGUAUGUCAACCUUCCAGGCUUUGGUGAAGUGCUUAAGCAGCGGAUACGUGUGUGGUCUGUUGGCCUGCAGCCACCCCCUGGUUUCGAGGUUGGUGUCUCGUCGGAUCCGCCAGAAUUGCGACAUUACUGUAUCGGUAUCUUUCCCCACGGUGGCUUCAUCUACAUCACCGACGACGUCUUUGAGCAGAAGCCGCAGUUGGCGCUCAGCAUCGUGAAGCUUUUUUUUGCCAAGAUCGAGCAGCUGCGUAGCCUGGAUGGACCUGUUUCGCCGUGGCAGGAGGUAGACGACGCGUGUGUGCUCUGGCGACUUUGCGUUCGGCCUGAGCUGAUGGAGUAUCUGUACCUGAAGUGCGAGGACAACUCAGCGGAGCUUGCAGCGGGAAACCCUGACUACCUGAGCCGCGCCGAACUCUACCAACUACUCACAUUAACCAACUACAUGGAGCAAGAUCAUCACAUCGAGCCGCUCAGCAUUGUCCAAGACAAGUACCCCAUCCUUUCCGAGCGGCGUGUCAUCGCUGAGCACCAACCUCUCGACUACUUUAACCGCCUUGCGAACAGCCAGGAAGAUGCUAAUACACACAUGAUCGGGUACUACGCAGCCAUGCAGUCUGCCGACAUGCGCCGCGCCUACCGACAGUUCUAUGUCGUGCACACUGAGCCUGAGGCAUCGUGCGCUCAGCGGUGGAAGGCGAGCAUACAGAACAUCGCUGAUGUGAUUACGCCAGAGCAGUGCAUUGAGGAGCUUGGAAAAGCAAGCAAAGAGAGCUUGUUUGACUUUCUGGACUGGGCUAUGGGGCCGAAGGAGAAGAAGAAGGGCUUAGAUGUUGUGUCAGAGGAAACAGAAUUUGGCGAGGCGCCCAUGGAGAUUGAGCCUGUCGAGCACACAGCAUACUAGGAUAUGUACAUGGCUCUCGGGUCUCUUUCGAAUGUCCUUGCAGAGUCGCGGCGUAAAGGAGAAGGAGUAAUGCGCGAAGAUACCCAAUCUGAAGAGGUCUUUUGACAGAAUCAGCGUCGUUGGUGCUUUCGCUCAGUGCAAUUGCUCAGUACAACAUCAUGACUUUACAAUCAAUGGAAGAUGAUUCAUCCUUCAUCGGUGCUCGUGC